UAUAUAAAGCUGACUAGGUAUUUUAGUUUAUGACAUAGAAUCAUCGACAUUUGUAUAUUCAGUCAUGACCGAAACACGCAAAGGCACCGUCAAGGUAGAGUAUCUGCGACAGAUCGAAAAGGAGAUCCAACGUCAAUGGCACGAACAGAAGAUUCACGAAAUUGAUGCACCGCCAUCCAAGAAUACAAAGAGGAAAGGUGAUGAGAAAUAUUUGGCGACGUUUCCAUUUCCGUACAUGAAUGGCAGGCUACAUUUAGGGCAUACAUUUUCCCUUUCUAAAUGCGAGUUUGCAGUUCGAUUUCAACGUUUGAAAGGCAAACAAGUCUUGUUUCCGUUUGGAUUUCAUUGUACUGGUAUGCCUAUUAAAGCGUGUGCAGAUAAAUUGAAAUGGGAGAUUCAGACAUUUGGCUGUCCACCACGCUUCCCAGAUGAUGAUGAAGAAGAAAUUGAAGUCGAAAUAAAUACAGAUAUUAUUAAGGACAAGAGUAAAGGCAAAAAGAGUAAAGCCAUUGCAAAAGGCAGUAGAGCUAAAUAUCAAUGGCAAAUUAUGAAAAGUUUGGGUUUUGAAGAUAAUGAACAAAUACGAAGUUUUGAAGAUCCUUUGACGUGGUUAAAUUAUUUUCCACCUUUAGCUGUUAACGAUCUUAAAAGUAUUGGUAUUCAUGUCGAUUGGCGCAGGACAUUCAUAACAACAAAUGAAAAUCCAUUUUUUGAUAGUUUUGUUCGUUGGCAAUUUUUACGUCUUCGUGAUAAUAAYAAAAUUAAGUUUGGAAAACGGUAUACUGUAUUUUCACCGAAAGACAAUCAGCCGUGUAUGGACCAUGACAGAUCCAAAGGUGAAGGCGUUGGUCCUCAAGAAUAUACUUUAAUUAAAAUGAAAUUAGUUCAACCCUAUCCUGAAAAACUUAAAUUCACCAAAAAGUCUUUGAAAAAUAAACCAGUAUUUUUAGUGGCUGCUACUUUACGGCCAGAGACAAUGUAUGGUCAGACUAAUUGCUGGGUACACCCUGACUUGGAAUAUAUURCUUUUAAAUUAAAUGAUGAAAGCAUUUUCGUUUGUAGUGAAAGAGCUGCUAAGAACAUGUCAUAUCAAGGGUUCACAGCAAAAAAUGGAGAAUAUGAAAUUAUUACCAAACUAAAAGGACAAGAUAUUUUAGGUGCAAAGUUGAAUGCACCACUUAGUUUCAAUGAUAUCAUAUAUACCCUACCAAUGUUAUCAAUUAAGCCUGAUAAAGGUACUGGAGUUGUUACAAGUGUUCCUUCUGAUUCGCCUGAUGAUUAUGCAGCUUUAACUGAUCUAAAAAAGAAACCAGCAUUCCGUGAAAAAUAUUAUAUUACUGAUGAAAUGGUUCUUCCAUUUGAGCCUAUACCUAUUAUUGAAAUCCCAGAAUUCGGAAACUUAUGUGCUGUUACAGUUUAUGAUGAAUUAAAAAUUCAAAGUCAAAAUGAUAAAGAAAAAUUACAAAUAGCUAAAGAGAAAGUUUACUUAAAAGCAUUUUAUGAAGGGAUACUUAUAGUUGGAGAAUUCAAAGGACAAAAAGUGCAAGAUGUUAAAAAAGUUUUACAACAAAAACUUACAGAUUCAAAAGAAGCUGUUAUUUAUUAUGAACCUGAAAAAACCAUAUUGUCUAGGUCUGGCGAUGAAUGUGUUAUUGCUUUAUGUGAUCAAUGGUAUUUAGAUUAUGGUGAAUCAGAGUGGAAAGCAGCUGCAGAAUUGGCAUUAAAGAAUAUAAAUACUUACCAUGAAGAAGUUAAGAAAAAUUUUAUGUCUUGUUUAAACUGGUUGCACGAAUAUGCUUGUUCUAGAACUUAUGGAUUAGGAACAAAAUUGCCAUGGGACGAAUAUUGGUUAAUUGAGUCUCUAUCUGAUUCUACUAUUUAUAUGGCAUAUUAUACAAUCGCUCAUUUUCUACAAGAAGGGACAUUCAAAGGAGAAAAUGGAAACAGAUAUAAUAUUAAGCCAGAAGAGUUAACUCCCGAAGUUUGGGAUUACAUAUUUUUGGAUAAUAAGAAUUAUCCUAAACAAUGUAAAAUUAAUAAAAAAUAUUUAGAUAUUAUGAAAAAUGAAUUUGAAUAUUGGUAUCCAGUAGACUUACGAUGUUCUGGCAAAGAUUUAAUUCAGAAUCAUUUAACAUUUUUUAUAUACAACCAUUGCGCCAUUUGGGCUAAUCGGCCAGAUCUUUGGCCAAAGAGUAUAAGAGCAAAUGGACAUUUAUUAUUAAACUCAGCAAAGAUGUCUAAAUCAGAUGGAAAUUUUAUGACAUUAGAAGAAGCGGUUAAUAAGUUUAGUGCAGAUGGUAUGAGAUUUUGUUUAGCCGAUGCUGGAGAUGCCAUUGAAGACGCAAAUUUUGUUGAAAAUAUGGCUGACGCAGGUAUUUUAAGACUUUAUACAUUUAUUGAAUGGGUUAAAGAAGUGCUAGCUUCARAGGCUACGCUUAGAAAUGGACCAACUGAUUCGUUUACAGAUACUGUAUUUAUGAGCGAAAUAAAUCUUAAAAUUCAACAAACUGGCGAAUAUUAUGAAAAACUUUUAUUCAAAGAAGCUUUGAGAACUGGUUUCUUUGAAUUACAAGCCGCUCGUGAUAGGUAUCGUGAACUUUGUGGCAAUCCAGAACUUGGAGGUGAAUGUAUGCACAAAGAUCUGAUAUUGCAUUUCAUUAAAGUUCAGACUAUUCUGUUGGCUCCAAUUUGUCCACACGUCUCUGAACAUGUUUACCAGCUAUUAGGAAAUGCUGAUAGUGUGGUCAAGGCAAGUUGGCCUCAAGCCGAUGAAGUUGAUUAUAAACUCCUUCAAAGUGGCGAAUACUUGAUGGAAGCAGCUCAUUCUUUUAGACUGCAACAAAAAAAUAUGCUGAAUAUUGGAGCUAAAAAGAAUCAAGCUAAAGCCAAAGUGGUAGAAAAACCAACAAAAGCUGUAGCAUGGGUCGCAAAGACAUUCCCUCCGUGGCAAACAACCAUAUUGGAAACAAUGAAACAGCUUUACUCCGAAAAUGGCAAUACCUUACCAGAUAAUAAAAUCAUUUCUUCGGCUCUGGGUAAAAAAGAAUCACUCAAAAAGUACAUGAAGCGAGCAAUGCCGUUCGCACAGAUGGUAAAAGAAAAACUGAUCAAGGUUGGUGAUUCUGCUUUCAAUGUUAAAUUGGACUUUGAUGAAAAAUCCGUGCUCGAAGUGAACAGAUCCUAUCUAGAAAACACUUUGGAUUUAGAAAAUUUUGACAUUAAAUAUUCYGACAGCAGCGAAGCACCAGAAAAUAUUCGUAAUGAAUGUUGUCCUGGAGAACCAUACAUAACGUUCUUGCCACCGGAUGMAUCCUUAAGUCUGCUCGUUGUUAAUCCACAGCCGCAAAAGCCAUUUUUCCAACGAGAACUUGCUGUUUACAACAGUGACACAGUUGAAAAGUUGAUCAAAAGGCUGAAAAAAAUUGAUCUAAAACUGACAUCUAACAAAAUAACUCUAUGGAGGUACAAAGAUCCAAAUUUAGGMCCGAGGUUGAUUCCCAAUCACAUACAACYAACAGAGAAUAGCGUCAUGAUGACCCCAAAAACGUUGUUUUUUAUCGAUACAGAAAAGAAAAUCAUAAAAUACGGUGACAGUCCGUCAAAAAGUCAACUGCUUGGAGAUAGCAUAAUCUAUCUUGUUCAGUAAUUGUGUUGUGUCAAAUUUUGUGUUAUAUUARUUUAAUUCAAAAUCCGUUGUUCUGGCUACUGACAAUAUUUUAUAGUAGUCAUAAGGAAUACCAUUGAUGUCAACAGUAAUGCCUGUUAACUUCGUUCUUUCUUCUUUUGAUGGAACAGGAAUCCAAAACAAUCCAAAUACUUUGAAAAUUGAUGGAUCAUAAUAAGUGUAUUUGAUUCAAUAAAUAUAUCAUAUUCAAUUAAAAUGUAUUUCAUUAUUUAAUACAUUUAUUUUAAUUAUAUAUCAUAAUAAGUUAACMAUAUGAUUGAUGACACGCUUUGUUAGAAAGUUAGAAAAAUUUAUAUUUAUAUCAGUCUACCCAAAAUAAGUAUCUGUUUAUGAUUAUUAAUACAUGAUUUUCAUUUUACGAAAGACCAAGAAUAUUAUAAAACAAAAACGGUUUUAGGUUUUUUAACUUGUGUUUAUAACACCUUAUAUCCCCAUUUUAUCCUUCCACCCGUCCGUUACUUACGUCAUCAGUACAUUGUUAUGAAUGAAUAUAUGUAUAUAUUUUAUUUAUUUAUUUAUAGUCCGUAGACUAGUUASU